CUGGUCUGGAAGUGCUCCUGACUCGGUGCAGACCAGGAGGGUGGUCAUUUCUCACAACAUGGAUAAAGCGCUCAAAGAAGUGUUCGACUACAGCUAUAGAGAUUACAUCCUGUCCUGGUAUGGGCAGCUCAGCAGAGAUGAAGGGCAGCUGUAUCAGCUGCUCUCCGAAGACUUUUGGGAGAUUGCCAAGCAGCUGCGACAGAGGCUGAGUCACAUUGAUGUAGUUAAAGUUGUCUGCACGGACGUGGUGAAAGCUUUACUCACACACUUCUGUGAUCUUAAAGGAGCCAGUGUCAGGCAAGAAGAUCCACCGAAGCCUUUUUUGCUGCACCCAUGCUUGAGGAGCUCUGACGAAGAAGUAAGAUUCCUGCAAAAAUGUUCUCAAAUUCUGGUGUAUUGUCUCCUACCCUCAAAGGAUGUCCGGUCUGUCAGCUUGCGCAUAGUCCUUGCAGAAAUACUUGCAACAAAAGUUCUGAAACCAGUGGUGGAACUGCUGAGUGAUCCAGAUUAUAUCAACCAAAUGCUGCUCAGCCAGCUGGAGUACAGAGAACAGAUGAAUGAGCAUCACAAGAAAGACUACACAUAUGCUCCUUCUUACGAGGAGUUCAUCAAGCUCAUUAACAGCAGCUCUGAUAUUGAAUUCCUGAAACAACUGAGGUAUCAGAUUGUAGUGGAAAUAGUUCAGGCAACCACUAUCAGCAAUUUUCCCCAAGCGAAGAGGCAGAAAGAUUCGAAAGGAAAGGAAUCUGCUGCAAUGAAAGCUGACCUACUGAGGGCUCGCAAUGUGAAGAGAUAUAUUAAUCAACUGACAGUGGCAAAGAAGCAAUGUGAGAAGAGAAUAAGGCUGCUGGGAGGGCCUGCUUAUGAUCAGCAGGAAGAUGGCACUUCUGAUGAGGGUGAUGGGCCCCAAAGUCAGAAGAUUCUUCAGUUUGAGGAAAUUUUGGCCAACCCUUCAUACCGAGAGCACUUCCGAAUCUACAUGGAUAGGAUGGACAAGAGAACUUUGAUCAGUCUUUGGGAAUCUGUGGAGUAUCUGAAGAAUGCCAACAAGGCUGAAAUACCUCAACUCGUGAGUGAAAUUUAUCAGAAUUUCUUUGUGGAAAGCCGAGAAAUACCUGUGGAAAAAUCCCUUUAUAAAGAAAUCCAGCAAAGUCUCGUGGGCAAUAAAGGCAUUGAAGUAUUCUACAGAAUUCAGGCAGAUGUUUACGAAACUCUAAAGGACAGAUACUACCCCUCGUUCAUUGUCAGUGAUUUGUAUGAGAGACUCAUCAAGCAGGAAGAAGAAAGAAGUUCUGCUCGACUAACAUCUGAGGACAAAGAUGAAGCGAGCCAGGGUUGUGAGGACACUCCCGAGGAGUGCGGCACCAGGAUUAACGAGCAGGCCAGUUACGCCGUGAAUAAACUUCGCCAGCUGAAUGACAAGCUGGAGUAUAAGAAGCAGGCACUCAAUUCCAUAUGUAAUUCACCAAAACCCGACAAAAAGAUUGUUUCCAAGUUGAAGGAUGAAAUUACUUUGAUGGAGAGAGAGCACAGCGACCUCCAGUUGCACAUUGCCAGAACGGACUGGUGGUGUGAGAACCUGGGCAUGUGGAAAGCCUGCAUAGUGUCGGGAGAGGUUUUAGAAGAGAAUGGAGAACAAGUGCCCUGCUACUCCGUCAUGGUGAGUUUACAAGAAGCUGGUGGAGCUGAAGCUAAGAACUGGACAGUGCCCAGGAAGCUCAGCGAGUUCCAGAGCCUGCACCGCAAGCUCAGUGAGUGUUUUCCAUCAUUAAAGAAAGUUCAGUUGCCUUCCCUCAGCAAGCUGCCCUUCAAAUCUGUAGAUCAGAAAUUCAUGGAGAAGUCCAAGAACCAGCUUAAUAACUUUCUGCAGAAAUUGCUCUCUGAUGACAGACUCUGUCAGAGUGAAGCACUUUAUGCCUUCUUGAGCCCUUCCCCAGAGCACCUCAAAGUUGUUGAUGUGCAAGGAAAGAAAUCCUCCUUUUCGCUCUCCUCGUUUCUGGAACGACUUCCUGGAGACUUGUUUUCUCAUCAAGAGGAGGAAACGGAAGAGGACAGCGACCUGUCGGACUACGGAGACGAGGUGGAUGGGAAAAGGGACUCUCUCGCGGAGCCCUGCUUCAUGCUCAUCGGGGAGAUCUUCGAGCUGCGAGGAAUGUUUAAAUGGGUCAGAAAAACAUUGAUUGCACUAGUCCAAGUCACUUUUGGAAGAACCAUCAACAAGCAAAUCCGCGACACCGUGCACUGGAUGUUCAGUGAACCAAUGCUUGUGUACUACAUCGGGGUGUUCCGAGAUGCUUUUUGGCCAAACGGMAAGUUAGCACCACCCUCAGCAGCCAAAACUGAAGAGCAAAGUCAGGAGACAAAGCAGAGAGCACAGCAAAAACUACUUGAAAACAUUCCAGAUACUCUGCAGAGUCUUGUUGGACAACAAAAUGCCCGCCACGGUGUAGUCAAAGUAUUCAAUGCAUUGCAAGAAAGGAAGGCAAACAAGCAUCUACUCUACGUCUUGCUGGAAUUGCUGCUAAUUGAACUGUGUCCUGAGCUAAGAGCUCAUAUAGAGCAGCUUAAUGCCACUUAGGUUUGACUCUCCACACGUGGACCACUAGAGAAAUGUCUAUGUGCAAUAAUAGACAUGAAACUUAUUUUCCUCUUUUCCAUAGAGGGCUGAGGACUAUGAUUAUUUUUAGUUUUUUUUCUCUUACUUUUUUUGUGAAGUAAACAGACUUGAAAAGAUCUGAUGCUGUAGUAGGGUAGAUAAAACAAUGCUGUAUAGUUGCCAAUUUUUAUUUAAAUGGUUCUAUUUGACUACUCUUCUGUUUCAAAUAUAGACUGAAAAAUAAAUGUUCAUAUAAGCUGAAAGAAAAUAGCAGAAACUAUUUUAAACAUUUAUGGGAAAAAAAAAAGGUUUUGCUUAUAGUGGUAAACUAAUGAAUGUUGUACAGUUCUAAUCUCCUCACUGAGGAUCUCAGCAUUCCUUUAUUCUUGUGUUUUGAAAAAGUCUUGUUGUGCAAUACUACAUGUAAAGCUAUUGUGAAAAUUUUAUCAAUUUUGUUUUUACCAAAGAUUUCCCAUAUGUUGAAGCAUUUGUAAGCAAUAAAUAACAAAACUGGAUUUCCGUACUUGAUAAUGAGGCUGUACUAACUACUAAUGAAUGUGUUUGACAGCCCUUGUUUCUUAAAGAACACUUUCAUUACUCUUAAAUCUGCAUCCAAACUGUGUGCUGUGAACAGACGUGUUGCAACA